AUGCCGCCCAGACUUAGACCUUCACUCAAGAAAAAUAAACGACUUCUUGAACUAGCUUACAACAGACAUCCUCAGAAAGUAGAAAAGGAAGUAGAAAAGGUGGUGUAUCUUCUAAAAUCAGUAAUACAACCCAUUGAACCAUCUAUCGAACAACCCAUUACUCAAUACAAACAGAAUAUCGAACAACCCAUCAUUAGAUUCAAACAGAACGUCGAACAACCCAUCAUUAAAUUCAAACAAAAUAUCGAACAAUCUAUUAUUAAAUACAAACAAAAUGUCAAACAACCCAUCACUCAAUACAAACAGAACAUAGAGAAAGUG